AUGUUGUGGAUUGAUUCCCAACGAGGAAGUUUAAUUCGGGGAAUGGAAGGGCCGGAGUGUGAUACAGAGGACCUCAGACCCGUAUAUGUCAGGACCCCGUCGUCAAGUGUCGAGCUUCUCCAAGGGGAUGUUUACUGGCGCUACCUCUCCCAGUUACCGUUGGAUAAGGAAUUUGACAGAAUGGUCCUCUGUGCACUUGAAGAGAUGUCUGGACACUGGGAGUCUGCAGCGAAUUACAAGUCUGAAUUCUCAAUUGUCAUUUCAGCUUCAACAUUAUCUACAAUUGCAGCUGGAAGCGUAACCUGGAAAGUCUUUGGAGGAUGCCUUUCCCAUGGAGUUGUGAUGCCAAAUGGAACACAAAGAUUUAGCCUCAACGGUGACUCCAACAACCUAUGGUUCGGUUUAGAAACCAACUCGCGGAAGAACGACGAGGCCUGGCUGUCGCAAGCGUCAAGUGUCUUUCACCAACUUGGAAUCUCGUUGGACCAAAAAGCUGAUCUCUACGACUACAAGUCUAUUUUUCCAGAUGUUCAGUUGUUCGGAAACAUUGACGAAUCUGAUACUUUCCGUAAACAACGUAGCGGUGUUCCCGCCAUUUACAUCUUUCUCCUCUGCUUUGAUCUCUCUUCUUCACCCCUCCACUACUGGUCAUACGAUAAAACUGGGAAAACAUGCAUUUCGGACAAGACAUGCCAACACCUUGGUCUUCCCAAUACCAACAUCACUCAGUCCGUCAAGAUAUCACAACAAUGUUGUUGGUCCACGGAGACGUACAAGAACAUCCACAAAUGGCAAGUUGAUAGAGGUUUUGAUCCAACAACCGCCAAAUUUGCUUGUUACCUCGGAUAUCCUAUUUUCGAAGCUCUACACCCGGAACCCAGUCAAUUUGAAGAACUCGACAAAGAAAAUGAGGGUGACUCCCCGCCGGACCCAUCAUCCCAUAGUACUGAGCCUAUACAAGGUCGGGCGCGUCUCAAUUCAAUUAUCAUCUUCUUUUUAUAG